AUGCAGCAUGGCAGAGGGAGAGGAGGGGGGAAGGGGUGGGCGGGAGGAGGAGAGGGAGAGGGGGAGGGAGGACGGGAGGACAUUACGGGUGAGGGAGAGGGAGAGGGAGGGGGAUGGGGAGAGGGAGAAGAGGGGAGGGGAGGGAGGGGAGGGGAGAGGGAAGGGAAGAGGGGAGGGGAGGGUGGAAGGGAGAGGAAGGAGAGGGAGGAGAGGGGGAGGGGAGGGGAGAGGGGAGGGGAGAGGGGAGAGAGGGAGGGAGGGGGAGAGGCCCCGGGAGGGGCGAGGGAGGGAGGGGAGGGAAGGAGAGGGGAGAGAGGGAGAGGGAGUGGGAGGGAGGGUUGAGGGAGGGGGGGAGAGGGGAAGGGGAGGGGAGUGGGAGGGGAAGGAGAGGGAGGGGGAGGACCGGGGGAGGGGGGGGGAGGGGAAAGGGGAGGGGAGGAGAGGGAAGGAGAGGGGGGGAGGGGGAGGGAGAGGGAGGGGAGAGGGGAGGGAGAGGGAGGAGGGAGAGGGAGAGGGGAGGGAAGAGGGGAAGGGGGGGGAGGGAGAGGGAAGGGAGGGGGAAGGGUGGAAAAAAAAAAGGGGCCCAAAAACCGGAAAAAGGGAAAGAAGAAGGAAGAGAAGAGAAGAAGAGAAACCAAGACAUAGCGGGAAGAAGAAGAAGAAAACAAGAAGAAGCAAAGACAUAAGACCACGAAAUCUCGCUCGGUCCUUCCCCAUCCUCCUCCUCUUCCUCAUUUCCUCCCUCGACUCCUCCUUCCUCGACUCCUCCUCCUAGCCUCCUCGACUCCAUGCCCUCCUCUCUCCUCUACCCUCCACCUGACCCCCCGCCCCUCCCCCCUCCCUCCCUUCCCUCCACUCUCAGGAAUAUCUCCUCCUCCUCCUCCUCUUCCUCCUCUCCUCCUCCUCCUCCUCCUCCUCUCCCCCUCCUCCUCUUCCUCCUCCUCUCCUCAUCCUCUCCUUCCUGCUGCUUUUCUUAGUACUGCUGACAGAAAUAGAAGCUGUCAGUUUGGAAGAGGAUCCAACUCCGGUAACAACAGUGAAAUGUCAUGAUAUUAAUUCUAAACACUACAUUUGGAUAUUGUCUUUUUACGUUGUCUUUUUUAUUGAUGUUUUUCAUUACAUCAAUCAAUUAAAAAAAGUCAAUAUCCAAAUGUAAACGUUUCUUAUUAAUAUCAUGAAUUUGAUGUUCUAUUUAUAGGGUUGGAACAGGAUCCAACUCCAGUAACCCCCCAUGCCAACGCACCUGCUGCUACAGACAGAUACUGAGAGAGACAGAGAUGGUGAGAGAGAUACAGAGAGAGAACAGGGGAGGGGAAAUAAAGAACAGAAUGAGUGUUUUUGUGUGACGCUUUAACACUGUGGGGACAGGGAGCCACGAUGAUAUAUUUACAUAGAGACGCCGUACAAAAACCUCCUACCGUUCACUUCAAUACAGGAGAUGGCUGGGGCCCAUUCAUACACUAUUACAGACUGUUGAGGAGUCUGGAGAGAUGCUUCUGAACAACUCGAUAAUACUGAAGGAUAAAACAGGAUUUCAACCAAUCUUCAGGAUUAUAAAAUAUACUUUAUUGGGAGAAUUUUCCUGGACAAGACAACAAACUUAUGAAGUCAGAUUUAGUUAGAUAAGAGAGUUUGUUUUUGAUUCCUGUUUGACCAUAAAAUCUCCUCAAAUGCAUUACUGAACUGUUUUUUAGAGUAUCUCUGAGUAUCUCUGUUCAUAUUCCCUUGAGGGUGAACGACAAAGAGAUCUGAGGUAGUUUUGGAAGAGGAGGCAAACGAUGUGACUCUGGAAGUGAGGCCUACUUUGGGAAUGGAACCAAACUCACUGUUUUAGGUAAGUUCACUUCAGAUGAAUUACAUUGAUAUAGAUCUGGAAACCCUGAAGAUGUUUCAUGGAGUAUCCAUGAUACAGCUGAACUAAAUGGUUGAUGUGAAAACACUGUGACUUCAACUCAACCAGCCUACUUUGGCAAUGGAACCAAACUCACUGUUUUAGGUAAAUACUUUCUACUCUAUUUACUUACUGUACUUGACGAUGUUAUGUUUAUGGCUCUAACGGUUCAUUUGAACAAUUGACUAGUACUAAAAAAAACGAGUAUUGCUAAAGUAUUUUAGAUGCCAAAACGCAUAGACAAGUUCAGUAGCUAGUGGUCGGGAUAAUUACUGCUCAGUAUGUCUUCACUGUGACAACUAUGAUCCUGCGUUCUUCGGAGCUGGAACCAAACUGACUGUUCUGGGUAAGAUAAUAUUGACCUUGAUAUAACUAAUGGGUCUCUAUUUGUGGUCUAGUGGUACGGCGAUGUGAGGAGUUAGUUGAUUGUGGAUACAGUACAUUGGAUUAGGUGCAUACUAGUGUUUACUCCACUCAAUGCUUUUUGAUGUUAAGCCUGUGCACUGUGCCAACUACGAGGCAUAUUUUGGACCAGGCACCAAAUUAACAGUUGUCGGUAAGUAAUCCAUAUACUAUGUUUGGCGUAUGGACGGUCAAUGUGAGCGAGACAACAUACUUGUGAGAAGAGAUGGGAUAUCAUAGUAUUACAGUAUGUUUGAGUCAUCCGUGUCGGUCUUAUAUAAACGGGUUAAAACAUGGUGUUGAAUGGUAUGACGUCUUGAACAAUAGAGUUAUCAGAGGCCGUGUAUGAUUGGGAUUCAAAGUAGAAGAGGAAAGGUUUUGCUAGACUAUAGCUAUAUCAGAGCAGUGUUCUGUGCUGUGCUAAUGGUUUUGCUAGACUAUAGCUAUAUCAGAGCAGUGUUCUGUGCUGUGCUAAUGGUUUUGCUAGACUAUAGCCAUAUCAGAGCAGUGUUCUGUGCUGUGCUAAUGGUGCCGGCCAGGCUCACUUCAGCGGAGGAACCAGGUUAACUGUUCUAGGUGAGAAAUUACACUAAAAAAGUGCAGUGAUCUAUGUUGGUUAUUAACCAUGUAAGCUACAUGGUUAUAAUGUAUGUGGUUGUAAGCUUUUUAGAGAAAUGUACUGUGACAGAACGACUGUGUAGUGCCUUUGAAUGUCCUCCUUUACGUGGUCACAUAAAGGUUGAGUAAAUCCACUGUGCUGGUGGUGGCGGCCAGGCUUACUUCGGCGGAGGAACCAGGUUAACUGUUCUAGGUGAGAAAUUACACCAACAUAAUACAAUGUUCGCACCUGAUGUGAUAAAUACUACAUGUGAUUUGUGCACCUUCACAUCGUAUGGCUAGACUAUGUAGGUUACAGUGUGUGGUUGAUGAUAUUCAUGGAUUGGAAUGUGACCCAAGGAUCGGUAGAGGUGGAGAGCACUUGAAUUUCAUUCGUAAAAUAGUCACAAUAAUGUAUCUGGUUAUAAACUAUGUCAGAUUUACCGUCCAGCUGAACGUCUCUGAGAGUUACUGUGAAGAGUAUUUGAAUAACUUUAACAGAGUAACAAAGGUGGAGUCAAUCCAAAGUCAGAGAGAGUAAAGUAGAGCCUUUAUGAGACAGCUUUGUGUCUCUGUGCUCAUACUCGGAGGCAUACUUCGGAGACGGCACCAAACUCACCGUUUUAGGUAAGAAAAUGAAGUAUAAGCUGCUGUGGACUCUCUCUCUCUCUGACAAAUGUACAUGAGGGAAUAACUAAGACCAAAAAAGUAACAUUUGGCAAUAUAGAAAAUAUCUCAUUUGACUACAAAUCUAAAUAGUCUUAAAGUAAGAGAGUAUACUUGAAUGGAUCACUGUAAAGCAUUAGUUAUGUUCCCCAUCAUCAUGGUAUCAAACUGUCUGGCUCCGUGCCCAGACGCAGUCUACCGUCAGAAUAAUACUUGUUAUCAGCUCUGGAAGUAGCUAGAGGAGGAGAGGGUCCUUGGCAGUGGAACUAGACACCGUCUUGGGGUAUUUAGGUCAAAACAAUGAUCAUUUCAUCUCCACAUAAUCAUGUCAUAACAUUUCAUAGAAUAAAUCCAACAACCGAAGACAGCAGGUUAGGGUGUAAAGGCUACGGAUCAACUCUGCUGGAGUAGUGAGGAGGGGUUUUCUCUGUAGCUGUGUAUCAGUGUGAACAACUACCCGGCAUACUUCGGCAACGGCACCAAACUCACAGUUCUGGGUGAGAAAACUGAUUCUGUCAUCUGUUAUCUAUGCCCUCAUGGGUUUCUCUGUUACUGAAAGAGACGUUGUCUUUAUUUUAAAUUUCUGUGUGUGAACCAGAGGGAGAGAAAAUCUAUUUUGGGGGUUAUAAAAUAAUGUUCCAAUUACUCAGGCGUUGGUUUGUAUGAAUCUAUAUUGUGCUGUUGUAUCAGUUUGAAUGGAACUGCAUAAUAAGUCAGAACAGGCAAAGUGAUAGACCUGCGGCAGGUAUUAUCCAGUGUCUGUAAUGUCGAGUAUGGUUUCUCUCUGUGGUACACGGAUAAGGCAGAGUUUGGUCCAGGUACCAGACUCACUGUUCUAGGUAAGCGAUUCAGCUUUUCAACUUUCAAAAAAAUAUUGUAAAUACAUCAUCAUGAAAUGAUUUUUAAAAUAAAGGGGUGUAUUGUAUUGCGUUCCAGGCAUAGUUGAGCAUGAAAAUAUUCAGGGGGAAAACAUUUAAGCUGUACAAAGAGCUAAUGAUAACGUGAAUUGGGCCUAUGCUUUGUCGACAUAGACAUAAUUAGAAAUGCAGUAUUACUUCCUUUGCUACAAGCCAAACUACUGCAAAUACAGCACUGGGUAGCUGGGAUCCUCUGGGUUUUCUGUCUGUGAGUAUGUGGUGUGCUCUGGUGGUUAUGCUGCCUACUUUGGAGAGGGAACGAAGCUAACAGUUCUGGGUAAGAAUACUGUAAUACUGUAGUAAUACUGUAAGAAUACUGUAAGAAUACUGUAGUAAUACUGUAGUAAUACUGUAGUAAUACUGUUAUAAUACUGUACGAAUGCUGUAAGAAUACUGUAAGAAUACUGUAAUAAUAAUGUAAAAAUACUGUAAAAAUACAGUAAGAAUACUAUACGAAUACUGUUAUACUACUGUACGAAUAAUACUGUAAUAAUAUUGUACAACUACUGUAAGAAUACUGUAAGAAUACUGUCAUAAUAAUGUAAUAAUACUGUAAAAAUACCGUAAGAACACUAUAUGAAUACUGUUAUACUACUGUACGAAUACUACUGUAAUAAUGCUGUUACAAUACUGUAAGAAUACCGUAAGAAUACUGUAAGAAUACUGUAAGAAUACUGUAAGAAUACUGUUAUAAUAAUGUACGAAAAAUACUGUAAUACUACUGUUAUAAUACUGUUAUAAUAAUCUAAGAAUAAUACUGUAAGAAUACUGUAGUAAAAAUAUUACUGUAAGAAUACUGUAAAAAAUACUAUAAGAAUAAUACUCUAAGAAUAAUUAUGUGAGAAUACUGUAAUAAUACUGUGAGAAUAAUACUGUGAGAAUAAUAUUGUAAUAAUAACUGUAAUAAUGCUGUAUUAAUACUGUAACAAUAAUGCUGUAAUAAUAAUAAUAAUACUGUUAUAAUAAUACUGUAACAAUGCUGUAAUAGUAUAGUUGAGCGGAUCUCUGUGUGUGUGUGUGUGUGUGUGUGUGUGUGUGUGUGUGUGUGUGUGUGUGUGUGUGUGUGUGUGUGUGUGUGUGUGUGUGUGUGUGUGUGUGUGUGUGUGUGUGUGCUAUUCUUCCCCAGGACCACGAUCUGCUCAACAUCUUUUAGGAGUCUGAAUUCUGGCUGUAAAUUCAUUUGUUCUGAUUCCGACUGGGAUUCUGACCCUCCCAUAAGCUUUCCAUUAGCAUGGGUUAGGGUGUAUUUCUUGGCCAGUUAGUUCACCCAAAUUACAAUGACAUUGGUUUCCUUGGCCUGUAGGCCAGUCUAUGGACAAGGUAUGACAACAACAUGCUUUGGUUUGGUUUCCCUUGCACUGUUGGCACAUGGUAGCGUUUCGGCAUUUGUGGCACAAGUCUCAUUGAAGUCAUUUGAACGAUAUUGGCAUUUGUCGCGCAUCAGUAUGAAAAAUGUAUGCACUCACUAACUGUAAGUCGCUCUGGAUAAGAGCGUCUGCUAAAUGACUAAAAUGUACAAAUGUAAUAACACUGUAAUAAUAAUGCUGUAACAAUGCUGUAAUAAUACUGUAAUAAUGCUGUAUUAAUAAUGCUGUAAUAAUAAUGCUGUAAUAAUAAUACUGUAAUAAUAAUACUGUAACAAUAAUGCUGUAAUAAUAAUAAUAAUACUGUAAUAAUACUGUAAUAAUGCUGUAAUAAUAAUGCUGUAAUAAUAAUACAUUGUCAAGUACAGUACCCAUUAUAUAGGGGUGGUACAGUUCAGUAACAAAGUGGUUCCUUCCAAGCUGCUGUCCUUCACAUUCUGUUUCUAUGUGUUUAACUGUCUCAUCAUACAUUUAGUGAUUAACUGUCUCAUCAUACAUUUAGUGAUUAACUGUCUCAUCAUACAUUUAGUGAUUAACUGUCUCAUCAUACAUUUAGUGAUUAACUGUCUCAUCAAACAUUUUCUGAUUAACUCUCUCAUCAUACAUUUUCUGAUUAACUGUCUCAUUGAUGAAUUUUCUGAUUAACUGUAUUUUAAAGCACACAGGUUCAAGUAUGAUUCUGACAACAAACAGAGCCAUUGAUUGAGUGUUAAAAUAUUCAACUGUUUCCUCCCUGCAGACCCAGCUAUCAAUGGCACAGUGAAUGGCACAGUGAAAGUCCUUCCACCCUCCACUGAGGAGUGUGAGGCUAGAAACAAGAAGAAGAAGAAGACUCUGGUGUGUGUGGCCACCGGCUUCUACCCCGACCAUGUCACUGUCUUCUGGCAAGUCAACGAUCACAACAGAACUGAAGGCGCCGGGACCGACAACAAGGCCUUGCAGAAUGACAAUAAAUUAUACAGUAUCACCAGCAGAUUGAGAGUCCCAGCCAACGAAUGGCACAACCCUGCCAACAGAUUCACCUGCAAUGUCAUCUUUUACAAUGAGAAGGGCUAUAAACCUGGGAAAGACACCAUUAGUGGAGAUCUCCAAGGUAAUAAAACAUGAACACUGUCUUUGUUUAUGAGAAGAAAGAGAUCUGACUGAACUAGUACACUCGUUUUUAGGCUCUAAUGCGUUUCCCCCAUGUCUAAGUGGUACUGCGGUGUAUCAUCUCAUCUGAAACUCUCCUUCUUUGUUUCUUUCAGGUCAAAGUGGUGAAGGGAUGACUAGAGGUAAAUGUGCCCAUUUUAUACUAAAGUUCUUAUGCUCUGGUCCUCUGUAGCUCAGCUGGUAGAGCAUGGUGCUUGUUUAACGCUAGGGUAGUGGGUUCGAUCCCCGGGACCACCCAUACACAAAGAAUGUAUGCACGCAUGACUGUAAGUCGCUUUGGAUAAAAGCAUCUGCUAAAUGGCAUAUUAUUAUUAUUAUUAUUAUUAUUAUUAUUUUAUCCUUCAUGCCUAAAUACAUGACAUACUGUACUGUGUUCCUGGUCCUGGGUUAGGGUUAGACCUAGUGUGUACAUCAGUGUGUUCCUGGUCCUGGGUUAGGGUUAGACCUAGUGUGUACAUCAGUGUGUUCCUGGUCCUGGGUUAGGGUUAGACCUAGUGUGUACAUCAGUGUGUUCCUGGUCCUGGGUUAGGGUUAGACCUAGUGUGUACAUCAGUGUGUUCCUGGUCCUGGGUUAGGGUUAGACCUAGUGUGUCCAUCAGUGUGUUCCUGGUCCUGGGUUAGGGUUAGACCUAGUGUGUACAUCAGUGUGUUCCUGGUCCUGGGUUAGGGUUAGACCUAGUGUGUACAUCAGUGUGUUCCUGGUCCUGGGUUAGGGUUAGACCUACAGUUCCGCUAAUUACCUCAGUGUGUUCCUGGUCCUGGGUUAGGGUUAGACCUAGUGUGUACAUCAGUGUGUUCCUGGUCCUGGGUUAGGGUUAGACCUAGUGUGUACAUCAGUGUGUUCCUGGUCCUGGGGAAUUACCCACCUGAUUCCGCUAAUUACCUCAUCAUCAAGCCUGAUUAGUGGAAUCCGUUGUGUUAGUGCUAGGGCAAAAACAACAAUCUGCUUCCCUUUGGGUCCCCAGGACCAGGACUAAGAAACCCUGCUUCCCUUUGGGUCCCCAGGACCAGGACUAAGAAACACUGGCCUAGAUCAUUGGUUGUACUGCACGUUUCUUAAUGGAUGACCUGCUAACAAUAUCACCUGAUACCUUCUUAAUCAAGGUCAUUUGAAUGUAUCCUUUUCCUUGCAGAGUACUAUGUGAAGAGCACUCUGACUGCCAAACUGGCCUACAGCGUCUUCAUCGCUAAGAGUACCUUCUAUGGACUGGUCGUCAUGGUUCUGAUUUGGAAGUUUAAGGUGAGUUCACUGCAACUAUGAUAAAAGGGACAUCCGCACACCCCUCUCUCUCUCUUCUUCAAUCUAUGCCUUGUGCUUAGAUGAGUCCCAGAUCAGUUUGUACCGUCUUGCCAACUCCUAUGGUCAGGGUGACAGUGACUGCACAAACAGAUCCCACUGGGCACACCACGUCAUUUCAACGUGGAUGACCGGGAAAUAUUUGGUUGAGACGUUGAUCAAUGAGAUUGCACAUUUAUAUUCACCCGCUCAAAAAGACAGCCAAAAGUUAGUUGAAUUUCCAAUGUGUUAUCCCCAUGCCUUCAAUCCAAAUAAAAGCACGACCAAGUUCCAAUGGAAAAACAAUGUCUGAUUUUUGGUUUUAGCCCAAAUGUCUAUCACUGCUCUUUCAACCAUUUUUAAAAGCACAACAAAGUUCCAAAUGGGAAUACAAUGUCAGAUAUUUAAUAAUUUAUAGAACAGAUUAAUGUGUUAUCACUGUGCUUCAUCUAACAGCAGAACCAAAUGACCUGGAUUGCAGUUGAGAUUACAUGAAAGUACAUGGUACAAGUGAUCAAUGCCGUUCGAGAUUGAAAGAUUAUUUGUAAGAGCCUGUAUUACAAAAGUAAUAUUGAAAUGUGUUUGGUUGACAACGCAAUCAAAUAUCAACAUUUUAAAGGAGAUGUAUCUUCUGCUCUGAUAGUACCAUCUGAGCCACUGGCUUAAUCCCAUUCUUUAACUUUUAUUUUUUGGUUGAGUUGGAGACGGGAAUCCAACAUGUAAUUUGUUAAUUUAUCGAAAAAGUUAACAGGCUAUUUAUUGUAUUUCAAAAGUGAUACUGAAUUGUGUUAGGUUGACAACGCAACCAAAUAUCAACAUUUAAAGGAGAUGUAUCUUCUGCUCUGAUAGCACCAUCUGUGCCACUGACUUAGUCUGGCUUUAAUUCCAGUUUGUCUACAAAUGAAUAAUUGAUACGUUGGAUUCACGUCUCCAUCUCAACCAAACAUCUAAGCUAAAUAAUAAUACUAAAUCAAUUAAAACUUUAAAGCACUACAUUUUGUUUAGUUAUGUUCUUUAACUUAGAUGUUUGGUUGAGAUGGAGACGUGAAUCCAACGUAUCAAUUAUUCAUUUGUAGACAAACUGGAAUUAAAGCCAGACUAACGCAGUGGCACAGAUGGUGGCACAAUAUCACUAAAUAUCAUUACAUUUGAAAUCCACCCGAGCUAGAAGCCCAGGCCUGUUGUAAUGUAAUUUCUUUGUUGAAUUGAAACAACAGCUGUUGACGACUUUGCGAAUGUUACACAGGCCUAAAUAGUAUCAUUGAUCACAUAUGAGUGGGAAAGUUAAACCUACCCUUUGGAAUGACUCUCUUUAGUUUUUAAGUGGAGAUCUCUCAACAGUCAUUCUCACGAUAACACGUUGGUAAUAGUCAGUGACAAAUAUCAUAUCAUAACUCUUUGUCUGUGUUUACCAUACAGGGCUCCUCAGAGAAACAGAUUUAACGGAAGACCAGUGGGUGUUGAUUCUACCAUGUGAUCAAGGACGGACUGGCCAUAUGGCAAGUCUGGAAAAUGCCAGAUGGGCUGGUCCAUCUUUAUCCCAGUGGGCCUGUCUAAAUUGGCUUUUUUUUUGAGCAAAUGAAUCAUUAUUUGGCUAGUAAAGGUGGCCUUAAGGAAAAACAUGGGCCGGUGUGUUAGAAAUGCCCGGGCUGAUUUCUGGUCCCAGUUCGUCCCUGCAUGUAACUGCAAUGUCCAUUGUGCUUAUUGCCUCCAUAACCUCUCUAGUACCCCGUCUAUGUGCUUAUUGCCUCCAUAACCUCUCUAGUACCCUGUGCUUAUUGCCUCCAUAACCUCUCUAGGACCCUGUGCUUAUUGCCUCCAUAACCUCUCUAGGACCCUGUGCUUCUUGCCUCCAUAACCUCUCUAGGACCCCGUCUAUGUGAAGACAUGUUUUUUACACUCUCCUAUAAACAUGAACUUGCAAUUUAAUGUAUAUUUGAGUAAAUUCAGCCAAAACAGUCUUUCCAUUAACUCACAAAACCAAUGUUUGUUUGUCAUUUGUUUUUCCAGUAAUUACAGUGUGGUUUGUAAUAAAUAUAUUUUGUUUUCCAAUUUCUAAAUGUUCAUUUAUGAAUCAUAAACUGUAUAUCAUUAGGGACAGAUCGACAUUUACUGGGAGGAGGGGGUGGGAUGGUCCUUGGCAGCAGCUAAUGGGGUUCCACAAUAAAUACAAUUACAAACUCAAGGAGGCAUAAAAAAACAUUUCCCCACCCUCCCCUUGUAGUGUAAAAUAAAUUGAACACCCUUCAUAGAAUUAACUCAAAAUAAUGUUUACGACCACAGAUAACAAUAACUAUAGCGACCCUGUGUUUUUAAACGUGGAUAUCGACCCCCUUCAGCAUGCUUUUGUGGCACAGUUGAUGCCACGCAGGGCUACGGUCCAGAAGGUUGAGUGUUCAACGACCACCCUAGACGAGCUCACUUGCCCUGCCUGUUUCAUUACAUUACGAUCAGAGCCGGCUGCAGACAAUGAUCAGCUAGGGGGAAAUCUGAUUUCAACAUUUUGAUGCCAUAUUUAUUUAAAAUAUAUGCAAAACAAAUUCCACCAACAAGGUUUUCACAACCAAUGACUUCGGGCACUUCAAUAUCAUGGUUUGUGUUUUCAACACCACAAUAAAUAGACUGUGUCAAUCUGGACAAACAGGAAAUACAUUCCUCCCUACCUUGUAGGUUUAUCCAGUAUCGAAGGCUUGGCUUGACAAUCUCCUAGUGUCAUUCAACUUUUUGGUGCUUUGUAACAGAUGUCUCUUUUCAUUAAUCAUUUGGCCACUGCACAGUUUGGAUUGAUGGAUUUUAUUUGUUUUAAAAAAUACAUAUAUACACAAAGAUUGAGCAAUAAAGUCGGGGACUUAUUUCCAUUAUGGUCUCUAUUUUUUUUUACAUAAAUACAUAAACAAUUACAGAGAUAGAGACACAUUACAGAGAUACAGACACAUUACAGAGAUACAGACACAUUACAGAGAUACAGACACAUUACAGAGAUACAGACACAUUACAGAGAUAGAGACACAUUACAGAGAUACAGACACAUUACAGAGAUACAGACACAUUACAGAGAUAGAGACACAUUACAGAGAUACAGACACAUUACAGAGAUACAGACACAUUACAGAGAUACAGACACAUUACAGAGAUACAGACACAUUACAGAGAUAGAGACACAUUACAGAGAUACAGACACAUUACAGAGAUACAGACACAUUACAGAGAUAGAGACACAUUACAGAGAUAGAGAUGAAAAAAUGCUCAACCUCCAGAUGAGUUUGAGGGGGGAGAAACAGUCUUCCUUGUUUGUCUGGUGGCUGAUUGUUUAGACGUUUGGGGCUGCUGGUGAACCAUGAUAUGCAGCAUAAUCAAUGUGACACUGGACUAGCACACCUGCCAGAGUCUGUAGAGUCUAUAGCUAUAGGUUUCCAUCCAAUUGGCAACAGAUUUUCAUGUGAAUAUUCAAAUCUUCAUAAGAACAAUAUGCCAUUUCAAAGUUUCCUUUAGGAAAGAUUUGGUGCCGGACAACAUGACAUGGAAGAUUUUAAUUUACUGGACAUUUGUGACAUUUAAUGGAUAUCCAUAUGCAUUCAGAUCCAACCUGGCGCAACCAGCGCCAUCAAUAAACAAGGGAUGUUGGCCAAAUGAGCCACAUUUACGUGUCCUUAAAAACAGCCUGUAACAAAUUACAAAAACAUUGUGUUUCUAUGAGUAGCAUUUUUUUUGGGGGGGGGGGCGGGGUUAGGCUACAUUCCUAAAACAAUAAUUGUCCACCUCACGGUUCAGCUGUCAGAGAUUUGAGCACUAAAUGUAUCAGGGGGUAUGAUAUUAAUAUUUUAAUAAAUGUAUCAGGGGGUAUGAUAUAAAUAUUUUAAUAAAUGUAUCAGGGGGUAUGAUAUUAAUAUUUUAAUACAUGUAUCAGGGCGUUGAAUGCAGUGCUAUAGGAUUACAGUGGGAAAAAAAGUAUUUAGUCAGCCACCAAUUGUGCAAGUUCUCCCACUUAAAAAGAUGAGAGAGGCCUGUAAUUUUCAUCAUAGGUACACGUCAACUAUGACAGACAAAAUGAGAAAAAAUGUGUAGGAUUUUUAAUGAAUUUAUUUGCAAAUUAUGGUGGAAAAUAAGUAUUUGGUCAAUAACAAAAGUUUCUCAAUACUUUGUUAUAUACCCUUUGUUGGCAAUGACACAGGUCAAACGUUUUCUGUAAGUCUUCACAAGGUUUUCACACACUGUUGCUGGUAUUUUGGCCAAUUCCUCCAUGCAGAUCUCCUCUAGAGCAGUGAUGUUUUGGGGCUGUCAAGAUCUUCAGUUUCUUGGCAAUUUCUCGCAUGGAAUAGCCUUCAUUUCUCAGAACAAGAAUAGACUGACGAGUUUCAGAAGAAAGUUCUUUGUUUCUGGCCAUUUUGAUCCUGUAAUCGAACCCACAAUUGCUGAUGCUCCAUAUACGCAACUAGUCUCAAGAAGGCCAGUUUUAUUGCUUCUUUAAUCAGCACAACAGUUUUCAGCUGUGCUAACAUAAUUGCAAAAGGGUUUUCUAAAUGAUCAAUUAGCAUUUUAAAAUGAUAAACUUGGAUUAGCAAACACAACGUGCCAUUGGAACACAGGACUGAUGGUUGCUGAUAAUGGGCCUCUGUACGCCUAUGUAGAUAUUCCAUAAAAAAUCUGCCGUUUCCAGCUACAAUAGCCAUUUACAACAUUAACAUUUUCAAAUCAAAGUCGCACACCUCAUGUAGCCUAGCCCAUAGGCCUAUAUGUUUUGAUAAGGUUUGUAUCACAACUAAAGUGGCCAAAUAACUUCUUAAAAUUAAGCACAUUAAUCUGCUUUACAAGGGGUGUAGAGCCUAACUGGCAUACAUAAGCAGCGGGUGAGUUUCAAGUUUGGGGAAGAUAAUUUUCACCAUAAAAAUGCACCUUUAUAGUAAAAGCAUUUCAUGCGUAAUCGUAUUUGCGGUCACUUUUGAUAAUGGUGUUUUCCCGCUAAUGGAACAUUCGCGCUUACAGCCUACUGCCGUGUGCACAUUGCUACGUUUAUAAUGUGAAGAAACAGACUAAUAGUUUAUCAACAUUUUAAGCUAAACGUUCUGAUCUGUUGCAUCAGCCUCAUUGCGUAUAAAAUGUUUUUUGAUGCUAGUGGUUGUAUUAAUUUGGGAUCUAACACAUCCCACAACUGUCCCAGACUAUGUUUGGAAUAUUUAUUUCUCGCACAGAAUAGAACAGGUCAACUUUUGUACUAUGGGGGAUAGUAGAUUGACAGAGGCUAGUGCUUUUGCUGUUCGUUAAGCCUACUCAUCUUGUUGGCUGACGAAAAGUAAAUGUGGACAGAAAUUUGAGGCAUUAUCAAGUGCUUGUCAAAUUGUGAAUGAGAGACUGAUGAAGAGUGUUCAGCCUGCGCAACAAACAAAGCAGAGCUCAUGCCUUUCAUUAGUUGCAUCAUGCAGCCUUAGAAUGUAUAAUAAAUCUAAACAUAUAGCCCAACGUUUGUUGAACAACUAAAGUUACAUUAAUUACUCUAAAUUAAACAUAUAGGAGGACCUGUUUCUUUGUUAACCGCUCAACACAGAACAGCCGCAUGUGCGCACUCCCUCAAAUCGUUUGGAGAAAACAUCCUUUAUUUUAUUUAGCUUUGUUCAAUUGUAUUCUUCAUUCUAUAAAAUAAUGCCACUGAAUUCUAAGGAAAUCUUGUCUGCUAAAUGAACUAGUGUAGCCCACAGCCUUAUGGCAAAGCCAAAUCAGGACCUAACAUAAGGACAACUCAGAGUAUGCUAUUCUGUUCUUCUGAAAUAGACCAUAUUUCCUUCAUAUCAUGUAAUGGAUUUAUUGUGAUGGUGUAAACUACAUGACAUAGAUUUAAUUGACUUUUUAAAAUGUAGAUUUUCCAAAGGUCUGCAUCAGUGGCUUGUAGGUUAUGUGUGGAAGCCAGGAGAUGCUAAAUGUGUUUAUGUUAAUUAACUUUCAAGUACUGUGAGACCGACAGUUAUUUGCUUGACAAUCACCGGCUGACGAAAUUUUGUGACCGCCACAGGCCUACACAAUACCAAACCUUCACAAACCGUUUCUAAACUUUAUUAGGGUAAUAUUAAAAGUCAGUCAAGCCGUUGUUUAUUGGGAAAAUACAGCAGAAGAGCAAAUGUAAACCAGGGGAAAAAAACACACUACCCUCCCCCCGUGCCCCCCCACAAAACACUACCCUCCCCCCGUGCCCCCCCACAAAACACAACCCUCGCCCCAAAGCAAAAAAAAAUUUGACCCCCCCCCCCCCCCCCGUAAAUGUUGAUCUGUCCCUUAGUAUGCCUGUGUAGUUCCAGCAUAUCAACCCAUCUAGCAAACAUAAACUGUUCCUAUAGACUCAAUAAGAAAGAUUGACCCCAAUACUUAUUUCCAGCUAAGAGAAGUUAGUGACGUUGAAUCCUGAGAUGACUCAUAAUGGCAGUUAUGGAAAGAGCUGGGCGGUGACCAAGCUGAAAAUAACAGACACUCUUUGGAAGAUGGAACAAGUUGAUAUAAUGUCAUCCAUCACAAGGUGGUGUUGAUUUACUCAAGGCUCUUUGGAGCAGAAAACUCUCAACAGUGUUUUGAUUUCAAAUGUAUCUUUAUUCUUUCCAUGAAGGGAGGAUGUUGUUUUUUUGUUGCAGGUAUUUUAAUUCUGCUGUGUGUGUGUCUGUAUCACACCUGUUUCUGAGAAACACACCACUUCCUGCCCACACAGAGAGGACGUUUCCAUGACGCUCUGCAGCGCUGCAGUGCAUCUUGGUCUCAUGGCCUAUACACUCAAGUGGAAAGGUUCUAUGUGGGUUCAUCUGGCUCGGAUCUUAUUUUCCACUCUGAGCCAAAAGGAAGUUUUAGGCUUCAUUCACAGCAGUUCAAAACUUUGAGUUGAUGUCUGCAAGUUUAAUGGCUGUAUAUAAGCUAUAAAUUGUCCUUUUUGCAAAAAACAUUUAUGGCCUGGGGGGGGGAGCAACAGUGUGGUGACUGUAUCACAUCGCUGUAUCUCUACCUUGUAACAGGAAAUGGACGCUCUCGUCAUCGCAUAG